GGCAGCUCAAAAUGGCUGAGGGCUGACUCGGCUCGCCCCGAGCUGCGCUGCCCGUGCCCGGUUCCCGGAGCCCCCCCCCGGUAGCGGCUGGGCAGCCCCGGCCCGCCCCGGCCCCUUUGUUGGCUCCCUCCGGGGGCGGCUCUGGCGGUCCGGGGGCUGGAAUGAGAGCGGGCUAGGCUGGAGCCCCCCCCCAGCUUCCCCCCCACCCUUCUCCUUUUUUUUUUUUUUUUUUUUUAAUAUUUUAUUUUCCUCCCCUGAAGAGGACCCAGCCCCUCGUGAGAAUUUCGAGCAGGUUGAUUUUGGGUCCGCGGCGCUCGGGCUCUCCCCCUCCCUCCCCUCCCUCCUUCCUCCCUCCCUCCCUUUGCGAAACCCAUUUUCUUUUUUCAUUCCUAUUUAUGAACGGAGGCAGAGGCUGGGAGGGUUGCUUUGGGCUCGGGGCUGGAAUCUCGUCUGAAUGAUUGGCCUGUCUUCCCUCUGAGCUCUCCCAUUCAAGACCUCACAGUUUUGAAGCAGGCGAGAGGGGUUUUUUUUUUCUUCUUUUUUUUUUUUCUUGCCUUUUUUUUCCUCUUCCUUUUUUUUUUUUUUUUUUUUUUUCGCCGCUCUGCCGGGUUAGAAGCAAGCCUUUGGGGCCGCGGAGAGAACUCGUUUCUUUUUCACCGUCGUCAUCAUUGCUGUUAUUUUUUUUUUAAUUAUUUUUAAUCUUCCUCCUUUUCCCGUUUUGGAUCUUAACCCUUUGAUCUGUUUCCUUUAAAAGACUCCGAUUCCGAACUCCCAUCAGGGAGAGAGGGAGGAGGAAUACAGGAAAAAAAAAAAUCUGAGCGAGUCUGGGCUCUCAGCUGCUAGCCAGGUUGGUGAGGGACAAAAGUCCCUUUAAAAUAUUGAAUGUCGGUUGCAAACCUAAGAAAAGAAAAAUCAAAUCCGGAGCGCUAAAUUUAGGAGGUUUAUAUGGCACUUGGACCCUGCUGCUGGAUUUUGUAUGGAUUUUUUUCAACCUUCGGGAGAAGAGACCCCGGCGUCCAUCUGUAGACCAAACUGAGAGAUUCAGCGGGGGGAGAGUCGCCAGAUACUGCCGGUAGAGAUGGCCGAGAACUGGAAGAACUGUUUCGAAGAGGAGCUCAUCUGCCCCAUCUGCCUGCACGUCUUCGUGGAGCCCGUCCAGCUUCCCUGCAAGCACAACUUCUGCCGGGGCUGCAUCGGGGAGGCGUGGGCCAAGGAGUCGGGCUUGGUGCGGUGUCCGGAGUGCAACCAGGCGUACAACCAGAAACCCAACCUGGAGAAGAACCUGAAGCUCACCAACAUCGUGGAGAAGUUCAACUCCCUCAACCUGGAGAAGCCCCCCUCCGUCCUGCACUGCGUCUUCUGCCGCCGGGGCCCGCCGCUGCCCGCCCAGAAGAUCUGCUUGAGGUGCGAGGCCCCGUGCUGCCAGUCCCAUGUCCAGACCCACCUGCAGCAGCCCUCCACGGCCCGUGGGCACCUCCUGGUGGAGGCGGACGACGUGCGGGCCUGGAGUUGCCCCCAGCACAACGCCUACCGCCUGUACCACUGCGAAGCCGAGCAGGUGGCCGUCUGCCAGUUCUGCUGCUACUACAGCGGGGCCCACCAGGGACACUCGGUCUGCGACGUGGAGAUCCGUCGCAAUGAGAUCAGGAAGAUGCUGAUGAAGCAGCAGGACCGCCUGGAGGAGCGGGAGCAGGACAUCGAGGAGCAGCUCUACAAGCUCGAGUCGGACAAGCGGCUGGUGGAGGAGAAGGUGAGCCAGCUGAAGGACGAGGUGCGCCUGCAGUACGAGAAGAUGCACCAGAUCUUGGACGAGGACUUGCGGAAGACCAUGGAGAUCCUGGACAAGGCCCAGGCCAAGUUCUGCAACGAGAACGCGGCCCAGGUCCUUCACCUCAACGAGCGCAUGCAGGAGGCCAAGAAGCUCCUCAGCUCCGUCCAGGUCAUGUUUGACAAAACCGAGGACAUCAACUUCAUGAAGAACACCAAGUCUGUGAAAAUCUUAAUGGACAGGACCCAGAACUGUACAGGUGGCAGCCUGCCUCCACCCAAAAUCGGGCACCUCAACUCCAAGCUCUUCCUGAACGAGAUCGCCAAGAAGGAGAAGCAGCUCAGGAAGUUGCUGGAAGGUCCCCUGAGCACCCCCGUCCCCUUCCUGCAGAGCAUCCCCAUGUACCCCUGCACUGUCAGCAACUCCGGCGCGGAGAAGCGCAAGCACUCCACCGCCUUCCCCGAGGGCAGCUUCCUCGAGCCAUCGUCCGGGACUGUGGCGAGCCAGUACAUGAGCCAGGGCGCUUCGGCCGGCGAGGGGCAGUCCGCACAAGCCAUGGUGCCUUGCAGCUCCACGCAGCACAUUGUUGGACUUCCCAGCGGCCCGCAGCCGGUGCACUCGGGCUCCGUCUUCAACCCAUCUCACUACCCCAACACCACGUCAUCUCAGCAGUCCGUGCUCUCCCAGUACGGCGGGCGCAAAAUCCUCGUCUGCUCAGUGGACAACUGUUACUGUUCCUCGGUGUCCAACCACAGCGGGCACCAGCCCUACCCGCGGUCGGGGCACUUCCCCUGGACGGUCUCCUCGCAGGAGUACUCGCACCCGCUGCCGCCCGCGCCCGCCGUCCCCCAGUCGCUCCCGGGACUUGCCGUGCGGGAAUGGAUUGACGCAUCCCAGCAGCACGGGCGGCAGGAUUUCUAUAGGGUCUACGGCCAGCCGUCGGCCAAACACUACGUCACCAGUUAACCGUCACACUCUCCGGAGAGUCCUGGUUGAUGGCGCGUUCGGAGAGAGAAGUCUGCUCUGUUUUGGCUUUUUUUUUGUUUUCUUUUCGUUUCUUUCAAACCAAACCCGGUUUCCUUCCCGCCUCGUGCCUCUCCAGGAUUUUGGGGAGGGUUGUUCUCUCAUCUCUUUUUUUUUUUUUUUCUUUCCGUUUUAAAACAAAAUAAUAUUUUGUUUUGUGUUUUUUUUUUUCCUUUUAAUUCUUUUUUUUUUUUAAUUUAAUUUUGGAAAGUCCUUCCUGUCCCUCGCUGGGAAAAGACGAGGGAGAAAUUACACAGAAGAAAUCGAUGGGGAUUUCAGUUGGGCGUCUGGUUCUGUGCAUCACGCUCUUGCUUGCUACUCUCUGGCUUCAGAAAACUUCAGAAGGGACAAUUGCACCUUCUCCGUUUCAAUUUCCCUGAGUUCAUUUUUUUGGUUUGGUUCAGUUUUCCCCCUUCCCCACCCCUCUCUUCCCCUUUUUAAAAAGAAAAAAAAAAUCUAUCAUUGAUUCAGUAUGAAAUGAUACGUGUAGAUUUUGGGUUUGUUACUUUUUUUUUUUAAAGGCUGAUUUUUUUUUGUGUUAAAAGGCCACUUCUCAUGCAUAUUGGCAUUUUUUUUCCUUCUUUCAGAGAUUUGUAAAUACACAAUGGCAGGAAAUUUAAUGCACAAAAAAAAAAGGGAAAAGAAACUUUAAAAAAAAAAAAAAGAAUAAAUAAAUAAAUAAAUAAAAUCUGUUCUAGUUUUCAGGAGGGGAAGUGUUGCCAAAAUGCACCCCCCCCCAACGUAUCGCUGAUGCAACUUCCUGUAACAAGCACUUUGUAUAAAAAAAAAGUGGACUUCCUGCUAUAAGGCACAGGUAUUUAUUCUGUAACCAAUUUUAGAACACACACAGAAAAAAAGAAAAAAAAAUAUUCAAAUAAAUGUGAUCACUUAGUGCAAA